CGUACCCUCCCGUCCCCGCGUCUCUACCGGCCGCCGAGGGGCGGGGAGAAGCCCGGGGUUGGGGGGGGUGGGGGGGGUGGGGGGGGGGUGGUGGGGUGGGGAGGGUGUGUGGGGGGGGGCUCCCCAUGAAGCGACGGAGGAUGAACAAGCUGUACAUCGGGAACCUCAGCCCCGCCGUCACCGCCGACGACCUCAAGCAGCUUUUCGGGGAGAGGAAGCUGCCCCUGGCCGGCCAGGUCCUGCUCAAGUCGGGCUACGCCUUCGUGGAUUACCCGGACCAAAAUUGGGCCAUCCGGGCUAUCGAGACCCUCUCGGGGAAAGUGGAGCUGCACGGCAAAGUGAUGGAGGUGGAUUAUUCCGUGCCCAAAAAGCUCAGGAGCAGGAAGAUCCAGAUCCGAAACAUCCCCCCCCACCUGCAGUGGGAGGUGCUGGAUGGGCUGUUAGCUCAGUAUGGGACGGUGGAGAACGUAGAGCAAGUCAACACAGACACAGAAACAGCCGUUGUCAACGUAACGUAUGCAACUAAAGAAGAAGCAAAAGUAGCAAUUGAGAAGUUGAGCGACCACCAGUUUGAGAACUAUUCCUUCAAGAUUUCCUACAUCCCGGAUGAAGAGGUGAGCUCCCCUCCGCCCCCACAGCGAUCCCGCCGCGGGGGCCACUCUUCCAGGGAGCGGGGCUCCUCCCCGGGGGGCUCCUCGCAGCCCAAACAGCUCGAUUUCCCACUGCGGAUGCUGGUGCCCACGCAGUUUGUUGGUGCGAUCAUAGGAAAGGAGGGCUUGACCAUAAAGAACCUUACUAAGCAAACCCAGUCCAAGGUUGACAUCCAUCGGAAGGAGAACGCCGGUGCCGCUGAAAAGCCCAUCACCAUCCAUGCCACACCAGAGGGGUGCUCUGAAGCGUGUCGCAUGAUCCUUGAUAUCAUGCAGAAGGAGGCCGAUGAAACUAAAUCAACGGAAGAAAUUCCCUUGAAAAUCCUAGCACACAACAGUCUGGUGGGGAGGUUGAUUGGCAAGGAGGGCCGCAACCUCAAGAAGAUCGAGCAGGACACGGGCACGAAGAUCACCAUCUCCCCUUUGCAGGAUUUAACCAUUUAUAACCCCGAGCGGACCAUCACGGUGAAAGGCAGCACGGAGGCGUGCUCCAAUGCCGAAGUGGAGAUCAUGAAGAAGUUGCGAGAGGCCUACGAGAACGACGUGGUGGCCGUCAAUCAACAAGCCAACCUGAUCCCGGGACUGAACCUCAGCGCUUUGGGCAUCUUCUCGACAGGGCUGCCCAUGCUCCCGUCCACCCCAGGGGCCCGAGGGGCUGCAGCCGCCGCCCCGUACCACCCGUUUGCACAGCAGAGCGGUCGGAGGAGAACGAGCUCCUCGGCGUAUCUCUCGGGUCUGUACGGAGCCCCCCCAGCUGGUGCCUUCCCCCAUCAGCACCCUCUGCCGGAGCAGGAGGUUGUGAACUUGUUCAUCCCGACGCAGGCGGUGGGGGCCAUCAUCGGGAAGAAGGGGCAGCACAUCAAGCAGCUGGCGCGGUUUGCCGGUGCCUCCAUCAAGAUAGCCCCGGCAGAAGGCCCCGACGCCAGCGAGCGGAUGGUGAUCAUCACGGGGCCGCCCGAGGCUCAGUUCAAGGCCCAGGGGCGGAUAUUUGGGAAGCUGAAAGAGGAAAACUUCUUUAACCCGAAAGAAGAAGUGAAGCUUGAAGCCCACAUCAAGGUGCCUUCCUUCGCCGCCGGCCGCGUGAUAGGCAAAGGCGGCAAGACGGUGAACGAACUGCAGAAUUUAACGAGCGCAGAAGUCAUUGUGCCGCGAGACCAAACCCCGGACGAGAACGAGGAGGUCAUCGUUAAAAUCAUUGGGCAUUUCUUUGCCAGCCAGACUGCACAGCGCAAGAUCAGGGAAAUCGUCCAGCAGGUGAAACAGCAGGAGCAGAAACACGCUCAGGGAGCCCCGGCCUCGCAGCACAGCAAGUGAGGCUCCCGCCGCGCCGGCCAGCACCGCCCGAUGAAUGUAACCCCCCCCCCCCCCCCCCCCAACUGCCGCCGCCGGACCACCCCACCCCCCCCCCCCCAGCAGGUCAGGGGAGCAAACCAAAGACCCCCCCGAAACCCCCCUCCCGCGGCCAGGGCACUGCGAGGAUGCGCAGCGGAGGGGCACGGGGAGGGAGGGCUCUCUCCCUCCCACAGCCUCCCCUUUACUCCGUCGCCUCCCGACGCUAUCCCUUUAGUUGGACUAACAUAGGCAGAGAGAGAGAUGGAUGAUUGUUUGUUUUUUUUUUUUUUUUUUUCGGUUUUGUUUUCCUUCUUUUUAAUUUCCUAAAAGCCACCUGUUUCAUCCAGGCACGGCCGGAGGAGCUCGCCCGGCGUGGGGGGGGCUGCGGCGCACAGCGCGGCACUCAGCCAUUUUAGAAUUAAUAUAUCGAUAAUGAAACUAACGCCGAUUUUUAAAAUUUUUAAGAAUUUUUUUUUUUUUUUGUUCGUUUGGUUUUAAUUUCAAAGGGGUCGGGGAGGGGGGGGGUGUUUUGUUUUUUUUUUUUAGCAAAAGCAGGCUUUUCUAGAGUUUUAAGGAAACGAGCUAGACUGUUGGUUCUCUAAAUGCACAGUAGAGCAGAGAUGUAGGAUUGCCAGCAGGGGAAAAGAAAAAAAAAUAAAAUUAAAUGAGUGUUAAAAAGCAAUUUCUUAAGGGCUUUGAGAAGAGCAGUGCCUGUAUGAGCCAACAGAAGGGAUACCGUCUCCUAAAAGAAGAAUCUCUCUUUCACACGCCCUUUCUUCUUUGCUUCACCGAGUCCAAAACUGGGGUUUGCAUCUGUUCUGUCCCCCCUUUCCAGCUGUCUGUCUGUCCCCUCUGUCUCCCCAUCGCUGCCCGACCCAGCCCUGCUCAGCACUCCCAUCCCUGGGAAAGGACGGGCAGCACCAGCCCUGCCCGCUUUGGGCACGGAGCUUUGGGGAAAGAUCCCUCUUGCAGGGACAGGAGGGGAUAAGGGAGGGGGGGGGGGGAACCAACAAAAAAAACCCCAACCAAAAAACCCCAACAGAUUUACAAGAGGUUGGAAGAACAACCAGCAAAAUUUUUUUCCAAAUUCAAAAACUAAAACAACCACCCCACACAACACAUGCAUACACCCACACACAAAAACUACCUCAGGUUUUCGUACCUCAGCACCUUGCGCUUGUGUUUCCCUUUUAGAGAUUUUGUAUGCCUUGUAAAACUGAUAGUUGGAGCAUUUUUUUAUUUUUUUAAUAAAAAAUGAGUUGGAAAACGAUCUCGACCAAGUCAGCUGCGAGGCAGGAGAAGGAAACCAUCCCACGUGUCCCAGAGCUCUUCCGUAGUCUCCUUGUGCUAGCUGAGAGCCAGUGGCCAUUCCUUCGGAGAAAGCUUGAGAAAUGUUGAAAAAGAAAAAAAAAAAAAAAGAAAAAAAAACCAAAACAAAACAAAAAAACAACAAACCACCAACCAACAGAAACCCAACCAUAAAAAUAAAAAGGCAGAAAAAAAAAACAAAAAAACAAAACAAAACCAAACCCCAGCAAAUGAAAGCGGUGAAUCGCGAUGGGCGCAGCGUGCUGCCGGCGGGUCCUGCGCCGGGGUGAGGUGCCAGCGCUGGGCCCACGGGCUGCCACGCCACGUUUUCCUCUACUGCGACGUGUUCUGUGAAAAACCAACCCGACGACGACAACAACAACAA